CGGAUAACACCAUAGGAGACGUACGGUCGGAGAGGGAAGCCAACAAGUGGUGCCUUUUUUGGAUGAUUGAAGUGGACUAACAUAUUUUUUGUUGAUUGUAUCUGAUAUUAUUAUUGUUGUUGUUGUUUUCUCCUCUGGAUUCUUUUCAUGGUUGUUGCCGAACGCAGUCAAGACAGAGCCGACGUGAUGCCGAUCACCAAAUCAACCAAGAAGAAGAAGUGGAAGAAGGAUGUCGGUGACGCGGAGGACCCAGAAGUGUGUUCUGCUGUCUGCUACCCAGGCAGCCCCCCAGAGCCAGGUACUGAGAUGGAGGGACUGGCCAGUAGGAGGCAGUCAGAGACGGUCCCUCUGACCCCUGAACCACAGGAAGUCCCACCACAGAAGAGGAAGAAGAAAAAGAAAGCUCAGACCCAAG